AUGAAGAUAAAAUAUGCAACAGCUAAUGGACUUUUGAAAAAAGUGAUUCAAUUGGGGUUGAAUAUAGAACUAACUUUGUUAGCUAAAUCUUACAAUAUACCAGACAGCUCUGAUGAAUCUGAUGGCUUUGAUAGUUCUGACUUAAAUUAUGAUAAUGAUAAAUUAGAUUCUCAAGAUAUUGAGAAUAUAAAUCCAUCUUUAAUUCAGAAUCCUAUUGUUCAUACAAGAAAAGGUGCUCCACACAAAACAAGAUUUAAAGAAUCACAUGAGGUAAAACAGAAAAAUGCAGAGUAUCAGAAAACUAAAGGGUGA